AUGGAGGGUACACCAUUCGAUCUCGAUUUGGAUAAGAUAUUGACAGACCCACAUACAGACCUAAUGUUAUCAAGUGGCAGUUCUGCAGAUAUUUAUAGUCCAUUCUUGUUGGAUGAUAAUCCUAACCUUGUGGGAAAUAAUUCGGAAUCGAACGAGUCGUACACAUCGGCAGUGCCGUGUUUAGAUGGUUCGGAUUGUUUGUUGGAUAGCCUAUGUUCGCAUUUCGAUGCACAAGAGAAUAUUGUUGAAGAUGAACAUUCCUAUGCGUCCACACGAACGCAAUCAGUCGUGUCCUCGAUACAUGAGAAAAGCAAUUCCGUGAUUUCAUUUCUCCAGAACACGGAGGAGCAGUUUGACGCACUUCAAGAAGCAAGCAGAGAAAUCCUUGAAGAUUGGAAUUAUGAACAAAGCUUUUUAUCACUACCACAAAGGGAGAUUAAAACAGAGCAUACUUUAAAAGCAGUUUCUUCCAUUCCUUCAAUCGUUUCUACGCAUAAAGCGAAUCGGUUCAGUAUAGCUGAGAUUAACAAGAGGACAAGACCGUCAAUUACUCGGAUUGGUUUGGGAGAUAAACGAAAAUAUCCUCCGCUUAUAUUGACUGACGAGGAAAAAAAAUUGUGUAGGAAGGAAGGGAUUCGUUUACCAGAAUAUUACCCUUUGACAAAAGCAGAGGAAAGAGAACUAAAGCGUAUACGCCGAAAAAUCAGAAAUAAACACUCAGCUCAGACGAGUCGCAAGAAAAAACAAGACUACAUCGAAGCACUAGAAGACCGUGUGGAGAAUUGCAUUCACGAGAACGAGGAACUGAAGAAACAAGUGGAACAUUUGAAAACAUUGAAUUCAACAUAUUUAUCGCAACUGCGUAAAUUGCAAAGUAUGGUUGCCAAUGGAUCGAAACGAAAGGUGCAUGCUGGUACUUGCCUUGCUGUGUUGAUGCUUUCAGUGUGUUUACUCGUUGCACCGAACCUGUCACCUUUGUCGAGAAAGCGUAAUGAAGAAGAAGCGGAACAGAUUACAGUGCCAUCAGUUCAACUACCAAAACGAACUCCACCUCUUGCAGGACGUUCGAGAUCGCUUCUGCAGUUCGUGAACUCUGUUACUGACAAAUUUGAUGUUGAUUUUUGCGGUGAGGAAGGAUAUGAAGACGCUUCUGUUGUCAAUUUGGAAGAUCAAGCGGUUGCAUUCAAGAAUGAUUCACUAAGGCGCAGAGAAAAGCGCGUUACAUUUUGGAAUGAUAGUGUAACAGUGCAAGCGCAGCCACAUCUUGUUGAGAUGAGAAGCAGUGCUCUUCCAAAUUAUGAAUGCGUCAAAAUCGAAGGCUACGAACGAAAGCGGAAAGUUUUAUCUCAAGAAAGAUUGUAUCCAAUUUCAUCAGACAAUAAUAAACCAUGGAUACGAACAAUGAAUAGUUUGGAAUAUAAGCAUGCAAAAUUAUCUAAUGGCUCAACGUUUCGUGUCUAUACAAAUCCUGGCAGUUAUGUUUCAAUGGAUCCAAAACGUUUCAAAAUACAGCGAGCAUGA